UGCAGGGUGGACAGAGGAGUCCUAUGUGGCCCUGCUUGGGCCCUCCCCAGUGUGGCCUGGCACCACCCCUCUCCUCACUGCACUAAAGCCACACAGCUGGCGGGGGUGGGGGGUCCGAGCCUGGGUCCUGAUGCAGCCCUGGGACCCCGCCAGCUCCGGCUUCGGCCCACACAGCCAGCCGGCCCUUGUCUCCACUCUGCUUCCUGGGUUGGAGAAGCAGGCACUCCUGUGUUGCCCCACAGCUGUUCUGCAGCCUCCCCGUGGUGCCCGAACAUGGGGGCCCCACGUGUCCCCGAGCGGACUGUGCUCUUCCAGCGCGAGAGGAGCGGCCUGACGUACCGUGUGCCCGCGCUGCUGUCUGUGCCCCCUGUGCCCACCCUGCUAGCCUUUGCGGAGCAGCGGCUCAGCCCUGAUGAUGCCCACGCCCACCGCCUGGUGCAAAGGAGCGGCACGCUGGCUGGGGGCUCCGUGAGGUGGGGUGCCUUGCGCGUGCUGGCGACGGCGGCCUUGGAGGAGCACCGGUCCAUGAACCCCUGCCCGGUGCAUGACGCCCACACGGCUACCAUCUUCCUCUUCUUCAUCGCGGUGCGGGGCCACACGCCCGAGGCCACGCAGAUUGCCACCGGCAGGAACGCCGCUCGCCUCUGCUGCGUGACCAGCCGGGACGCGGGGCGCAGCUGGGGUGCGGCCAGGGACCUCACGGAGGAGGCGGUGGGCGGCGCAGAGCAGGACUGGGCCACAUUUGCCGUCGGCCCGGGCCACGGCAUCCAGCUGCGCUCCGGCCGCCUCCUGGUGCCGGCCUAUACCUACCGCGUGGACCGGAGGGAAUGCUUCGGCAGGAUCUGCAGGACCAGCCCCCAUGCCUUCACCUUCUACAGUGACGACCACGGUCGCACCUGGCAUCGUGGAGGCCUUGUGCCCAACCUUCGCUCGGGCGAGUGCCAGCUGGCUGCGCUGGACGGUGGGCAGGCGGGCGGCCUCCUCUACUGCAACGCCCGGAGUCCCCUGGGCAGCCGCGUGCAGGCACUCAGUACAGAUGAGGGUGCCUCCUUCCUGCCUGGGGAGCUCGUGCCGGCACUGGCUGAGACCGCCUGGGGCUGCCAAGGCAGCAUCCUGGGCUUCCCUGGCCCGCUCCACUCUCUAAGGGUUGAGAGAUGGUCGGCAGGUGCCAGGAACCACCCCCAGUCCCCACGCCUCUGUCCUGGAGUCUGGCAACCCUCAGAGGAGGGUAUUACAGACACCCAAGGGGACCAAGGGCUCAGCGGGAUGGAGGGAUGUAGGUCCAGCCCUCAGGAGCCUGGCCUGGGGCCUGGGCUCAGUGGGACCAGGGGCACCUGGGCCCCAAGACUCCCUUGGCUCCCUGCUACCCUGUUUCAGAGCCCCACCUGGCUCCUGUAUUCCCACCCGGUGGGCCGCAGGGCUCGGCUCCACAUGGGAAUCCAUUUGAGCCGGUCCCCGCUGGACCCCCACAGCUGGACGGAGCCCUGGGUGAUCUACGAGGGCCCCAGUGGCUACUCUGACCUGGCCUCCAUUGGUCCCACUCUCAAGGGAGCCCUGACCUUUGCUUGUUUGUAUGAGAGUGGGGCCAGGGUCUCCUACGAGGAGAUCUCCUUCUGCAUGUUCUCCCUCGCUGAGGUCCUGCAGAAUGUGCCGGUGGACCCCAAACCUCGCAGCCGCGGGGGUAAGCCUCAGGAGCGCUGCCGGCCUUCCUGAUGGGCCCUCUCACCAGACCCAUUUGUAUGUCCCUAACACUGUGCUUUGAAAUAUGACACAAAAGCAGACAGACCUAGAGAAGAAAAUAGAGCCAUAGUUGUAGUGGAAAAUUUUAGACACAUGUCCUAGUAACCGAUAGAGCAAACGGACAAAAAUCAGUGAGGAUACAGAAGAUAUGGUCAGGUUGCUGGGCAGACCUUAUUAAAUGGACACACAGAGAACCCAGCAGGAGAUAAUCGCGUUCAAAUACACCUGUUUACACCUGUUCAAAUACACUCAGGUGUAAAAACUGACAUCAUGCUGGAUCAUGAAUUCAAGUCUCUAUAAGACUUCGAAGGAUUGACAAUUACAGUGAAAUUGAGCUAGAAAUAAACGUGAAUGGAAAUUUAAAAUUUUCCUUGUGAAGGUUUCUGAAAAUUGAGAAACAUGAUUCUGAAUUGCUCCUGGUCCAAAGAAGCAGGUCUGGUGAAAGUGAGGAAAGAGUCUGAAAUUAAUUAUGUGAACACUGCACGCACUGUGCGAGAGGGGCUGAAGCGAGGGCUGCUGCCGCCCCACCGUAGUGGGGGCAGGAAACUGAAUCCAAGGGGGAGGACAAAGAAGAGAACAAUCAUGAGCAAGCCUAGAGGGAUAGGAAAAAUCAUACAGUAGAGGGAAUAAAGAGAGCCAAAGCCGGGUUUUUAGAAAACCGAUUAAGCUGAUAAUCUUGUUGAGACUGGUGAUAGAAAAAAGAGAGAACCGUGAAUAAGCCGCAUCAGGAAUGGGAGAGGGUGUGCGGGGCUCCUCCAGAUGUUCAAAGAUUUCAAGAAGAUAUUAGGAACCUUUUU